AUGAAGACGCACAUUUUUAGCUUGGCUCUAUUUGGACUUGCCGCGUGUGCGGGUCAGCCCGCGCCGACCGCGGCGCCAGCGUCCGCCGCCGCGAACGCCACGGGUAUGAAGCCGGACAUCGUCGAUACCGCGGUCGCCGCAGGGAGCUUUGGGACCCUCGUCGCCGCCGUAAAGGCCGCAGACCUCGUCGACACGCUCAAGGGGGAUGGCCCGUUCACCGUCUUUGCCCCGACGGAUGAGGCGUUCGCGAAGCUCCCGGCGGGAACCGUCGAGAACCUCCUCAAGCCGGAAAACAAGGACAAGCUGGUCGCCGUGCUCACGUACCACGUGGUCGCCGGUGACGUACGCGCCGAGCAGGUCGUGAAGAUGACUUCGGCCACCACCGUUCAGGGGGGCGCCGUUGCGAUCGCGGCCUCGGACGCUGGCGUCAAGGUCGUGGUGAAGACCGACAUCGGCUGCAAAAACGGCGUCAUCCACGUCAUCGACACCGUCCUCCUUCCCGAAUAA